AUAAAUCAAUUAAGAGUAUUAAUAAGUCAGUGUUUCGAUUUGUUGGCCACCAUCAAUCAGAAACACAGAAAAACGCAGCCGUAAAACCCCAAACCCACCAACACUCAGUCAUGGUGGUUUCUUCCUCGAUAUCUCCAGUUUCCUCCUCUAAUGGCGUCUUCUCCAACACAUUGUCUCGCUCCGAUAUCAACCUCUCCAGAUUCUCUCUCCCUUCUUCUACUCGUCCUUCUCUUUUCUCUCUCCUCCACCCUUCUCCUCUCUCCAGAAAGACUUUGGUAUCAAAAUGGGGAAAGCGGUGGCAAUAUCCUGGUUUCGUUCAUGCCUCUACCAAAGCUGCUUCUUUAGAGGCUGUGGUUGAAAAGGUUGCGUUGCCUAAAGGUGACAUGUGGUCUGUUCAUAAAUUUGGUGGGACUUGUGUUGGAUGCCCCGACAGAAUAAAGAGUGUUGCAGAAAUAGUUGUGAAAGACGUGUCUGAGAGGAAGUUGGUGGUUGUGUCUGCCAUGUCGAAGGUGACUGACAUGAUGUAUGACUUAAUCAAAAGGGCACAGUCACGGGAUGAGUCAUUUCAGUCUGCGUUGGAUGCUGUUUUAGAGAAGCACACAUCAACAGCAAAAGAUAUGUUGGAGGGAGAUGACCUUCUUAGCUUCUUAUCAAGGCUUCAUGAUGAUAUAAAUAAUCUUAAAGCAAUGCUUCGUGCAAUAUACAUAGCUGGUCAUGCUACAGAAUCAUUCACUGAUUUUGUCGUUGGAUAUGGAGAGUUGUGGUCCGCACAGAUGCUAUCACUUGUCAUUAAACAGAAAGGGUACGAUUGCACAUGGAUGGAUACCAGGGAUGUCCUUGUUGUAAAUCCAACUAGUUCAAAUCAAGUUGAUCCAGAUUUUCCCGAAUCUGAAAGAAGACUUGACAAAUGGUUUUCCAAUAACCCAUCAAGUAUCAUUAUAGCAACUGGCUUUAUAGCCACGACCCCUGAUAACAUUCCAACUACCCUUAAGAGGGAUGGAAGUGACUUUUCUGCGGCUAUAAUGGGUGCUCUUUUAAGAGCUGGUCAAGUUACAAUCUGGACAGAUGUUGAUGGUGUUUACAGUGCUGAUCCGAGAAAAGUGAGUGAAGCUGUGAUACUCCACACAUUGUCUUAUCAAGAAGCUUGGGAGAUGUCAUACUUUGGGGCUAAUGUAUUACAUCCUCGGACAAUCAUUCCUGUGAUGCGAUAUGACAUUCCAAUUGUAAUAAGAAAUGUAUUCAACCUAUCAGCUCCUGGAACUAAGAUAUGUCGUCCUUCUGCUGACGAGAAUGGCGAGCAUCUGCAAUCUCCCGUUAAAGGGUUUGCAACAAUAGAUAAUCUGGCCCUAGUAAAUGUUGAGGGUACUGGUAUGGCUGGUGUUCCUGGUACUGCUAGUGCCAUUUUCAGUACUGUGAAGGAUGUAGGGGCUAAUGUUAUCAUGAUCUCUCAGGCAAGUAGUGAACAUUCGGUGUGCUUUGCUGUCCCCGAGAAGGAAGUAAACUCUGUGGCUGAAGCUCUGCGGUCUCGAUUUAAUCGUGCUUUAGAUGCUGGACGUCUCUCUCAGGUUGCUAUUAUCCCAAACUGCAGCAUUUUGGCAACAGUUGGGCAGAAAAUGGCCAGUACACCCGGAGUCAGUGCCACUCUUUUUAACGCACUCGCAAAGGCCAAUAUUAAUAUUCGUGCUAUAGCACAAGGCUGUUCUGAAUACAACAUUACUGUGGUAGUCAAAAGGGAUGAUUGUAUUAAAGCCCUGAGGGCUGUUCAUUCCAGAUUCUAUCUCUCAAGGACGACACUUUCCAUGGGAAUCAUUGGGCCAGGAUUAAUUGGGGCAACUCUGCUUGACCAACUUCGUGAUCAGACAGCUGAAUUAAAGGAGAAGUUUAACAUUGAUUUGCGUGUUAUGGGAAUCACAAGCUCAAAGAAAAUGCUUCUUUCUGAUUCGGGUAUUGACUUGUAUAAUUGGAAGGAGCAGCAAAGUGAACAAGGGCAAACUGCUGACAUGCAGAAAUUUGUUCAGCAUGUUCAUGGGAAUCAUUUUAUCCCAAACACUGUGUUAGUCGAUUGUACGGCUGACUCUUAUAUUGCAAGCCAUUAUUAUGAUUGGUUGCGUAAAGGAAUUCAUAUAAUUACUCCCAAUAAGAAAGCAAAUUCUGGACCUCUUGAUCAGUAUUUGAAGCUGAGAUCUCUGCAACGACAAUCAUAUACGCAUUACUUUUAUGAAGCUACAGUUGGCGCGGGUCUUCCGAUAAUCAGUACUUUAAGAGGUCUUCUUGAAACCGGCGAUAAAAUAUUGAGCAUUGAGGGUAUAUUCAGUGGAACUUUAAGCUACAUAUUCAAUAAGUUCAAAGGUGGAAGAAAGUUCAGUGAGGUGGUGACUGAGGCAAAACAAGCUGGUUAUACAGAGCCUGAUCCUAGGGAUGACCUCUCUGGAACAGAUGUUGCUAGAAAGGUUAUAAUUCUUGCAAGAGAAUGUGGAAUGAAGCUUGAACUUUCGGAUAUACCUCCUGAAAGCCUUGUUCCAGAACCAUUAAGAGCUAUUGAAUCAGCCGAGGAAUUCAUGCAGCAGCUUCCUCACUUUGAUGAAGACUGGGCUAACAAAUUGCAAGCCGCUGAUGACGCAGGAGAGGUUCUAAGAUAUGUGGGAGUGGUGGAUGUGACCAACGAAAAGGGACUUGUGAAGUUGAAAAGCUACAAGAAAGAUCACCCGUUUGCUCAGCUCUCAGGGUCAGAUAAUAUCAUCUUAUUUACCACUGAGCGGUACAAGGAGCAGCCUCUCAUUGUUCGAGGCCCUGGUGCUGGAGCCGAGGUUACAGCUGGUGGAGUAUUCAGUGACAUUUUGCGCUUGGCCUCUUACCUUGGUGCUCCUUCAUAAUUGCCUAUGUACUUAGUAGAUUAGUUAGAUGUUUAGUUUGUAGCCUUGUUUUUCAUCAUCAGCUUCUUUAGUCACCUUCUCGAAAGGUCCAGUUUCCUGUUUUUGUGUUUUUAAAACUGUAGACUUAUGUUGGAUUUGCAUGUAUUCAACUUGUAACCUAUUUAUCAACAAUAAAGAAGUAUUAGGCUUGCCUUUCGACUUUAAUAAUUAAAAUGUACUUAUACUCA